AUGUCUCAAAGAUUACAAAAUAUUGGUAAUCAUUUAUCAGGUUCUAAUGGUCAAUCAUGUCCAAUUACUUCAAAAAGACCAGAUGAUAUUGUAAUUGUCUCGGCUAAAAGAUCUGCUAUUGCAAGAGGUUUUAAGGGUUCUUUUAAAGAUGUCAACUCUGAUUAUUUAUUAACCCAAUUCUUAAUCCAAUUUUUUAAUGAUUUACCUCCAGAAAUUAGAGAACAUCAAGAUUUAAUCCAAGAAGUUACUUGUGGUAAUGUCUUAAAUCCAGGUGCUGGUGCAACUGAACAUAGGGGUUCUUGUUUAGCUGCAGGUAUCCCUUAUUCUGUCCCAUUCAUGGCUUUAAAUAGACAGUGUUCUUCUGGUCUAACUGCUGUUAAUGAUAUCGCAAAUAAAAUCAAAACCGGUCAAAUCGAUAUAGGUUUAGCUUUAGGUGUAGAGUCAAUGACUAAAAAUUAUGCAGCUGUUAAUCCAUUGGGUAGAAUCUCUGAUGAGUUGAAGGCAAACAAAGAAGCAAGAAAAUGUUUAAUACCAAUGGGUAUAACAAAUGAAAAUGUUGCAUCCAAUUUUAGUAUCACAAGACAAGAUCAAGAUAAGUUUGCUGCCAACUCCUAUAACAAAGCUGAGAAGGCCGUUAAGACUGGUUUAUUCAAAGAUGAAAUAUUACCAAUUCAAUUACCAGAUGGAAGAAUUGUAGACACCGAUGAAGGUCCACGUCCAAAUGUCACUCCAGAAAGUCUAUCAAAGAUUAAACCUGCAUUCAUCAAAGAUAAAGGUACUACCACUGCUGGUAACGCUUCCCAAGUUUCAGAUGGUGUUGCUGGUGUCUUGUUGGCUCGUAGAUCAGUUGCAGAAAAAUUGAAUCUACCAAUUGUAGGUCGUUAUUUAGCUUUCCAAGCUGUUGGUGUUCCACCCGAAAUCAUGGGUGUCGGUCCAGCUUAUGCUAUCCCAAGAGUGUUGCAAGAUGUCGGCUUACAAGUAAAAGAUAUCGAUAUUUUUGAAAUCAAUGAAGCAUUUGCUGCUCAAGCUCUUUAUUGUAUCCAUAAGCUAGGCAUAGAUAUAAAUAAAGUUAAUCCUCGUGGUGGUGCUAUUGCUCUAGGUCAUCCAUUAGGUUGUACUGGUGCUCGUCAAAUUGCCACUAUUAUGCGCGAAUUACAACCAGGUCAAAUCGGUGUCACUAGUAUGUGUAUUGGUACUGGUAUGGGUGCAGCAGCAGUAUUUGUCAAAGAGUGA